CUUCCAUGUCUCCACGUCUUCACGUCUACGCCACAGUGCACUUUACUGUUAAUAUGUAAACAAAAAACAAACAACUUGCUUAUUUUCACUCAACUUGAGUGAAAUUUUUAUGGAACUUGGAAGUUCUACUUUUCUACAAUACCAGUACCAGACUCCAGGCAUUUGGCAUGGCAAGUGGCAAGUGCUGUGCUGGUCUUGCUGGAGUUGAGUUUGAGUGCAACAUACGAAAAACAUACACUUUUUCCAGUCAAUGCUAUUCGAGUCGUUGAGCAUGUCAGACGUGCUAUCGUUGUCGUUGUCGUGUGCUUUUUAAAUUACAAAUCGUUUCAUUCGUGUGUGCUUAUGUUAAUGGUCUUAUAAUAAGAACCUUGUUUCUUUUGGCGGUCGAUUUUCGAAAUAUCGAGAGGGAUUGAGGUGAAAAACCUUACUCGUCCCCGUAAAACGACUUUAGUUUUUUUUCUUAAAUACAAAUUUAAAAAAAAUAUAAAUUGAUUAAAGUUUGCAAUUUCUUACAACAACAAGAUUUUGCUAUUUAGUAACAAAUUAUAACGGUUUUUAGUGAUUUUAUGAGUGUAGUGAAGUAUCAAGUGAAGUGUUAAUUAAAGCUUAAUAAAGUAAAGUGAAAAAAAGUUACAAAAAAACUUAUAACGGAUAUUUCAACGAAUAAAUUUAGCGGAAAGGAUUUACAUUUCAAAGGACUAUCGGAAUUCCAUAGGAGCAGUAAAAACAACAAUAUCAACUUUCGUGACAUCAAUAUCAAAGUAUAUAAAAUUAUUUUAUACUAAAGGAUAAAGAGUAUGAUGCCACACAUGCCACCACGUCGUCGUUUGGGUUCGGUUGGGGAUUCAGCCCCACCAAGUGAAUCUUCCGAGGGAACCGCAUCAGAAACAUGCGAAAUCAAUCAGGACUGGUCAUCAUCAGCCAACCCCACAAAUGGUCUCUUCAUCAAUUCCGAUGCAGAUGACACCAUCAGCAUUGAAACAAGCAGCACCCUUCUAACCGAUAACGAACGUGCCCAAGUCGAAAGUUUUUUCAGUGGCCUUGGUACAGAAAUUUUCGUCAGCUCUUCGUUGGCCAACUUAUACGAGGGCAGUGGUAAGGAUGACUGGCGUUUGGUUUUCACUGGAAUUCCGGUUCUACUCCAUGACAAAGGGGUAGCCCGGUCACGUUCGUUGCCUCGUGUUACAUUGGUUAUAGCUGAAAGGGGUUCGUCGUUUGCCCUAUGGAGUGACAAAAUCGAUAAUUUGUCAAAUUACAAAGUUGACGGUCCAUCGUUUCAUACAAUGUGUUUUUCGAGCAAUCAUCAGAAGAAAAUUGGCUUCAGUUUCGAUUCGAAGGAUGCUGCUCUUGAACUUUAUACACAAGUCGAAAGGCUAGUUAGCGAUCCGGAAAAUAUUGCAUUGAGUGCUCCUGGUCGCAAGAAGUCCAAACAAAAACAGAAGCGCCCAAAGCCCGCACCAUUGCCACCCAAGUCACAGAUUUCACAUCCUUGUCAAUUCCAUCAUGUCACAAGUGUCACAAAGGAAGACACCGAAAGGUAUUACAGUAUGCAGGCAUUUACUCCAGGUAUGUUGAAACAUCGUUAAGAACGAGGUUGGAAUGUAAUAGAUAUACAAAUCCCUUGUGAAAAGAAGGAGAAAGUAUACACACAAAAAAUGUCCUUGUAAAUAUAAAUGUUGAUGUAAUACGGUUAUGUUUAAGGAUAUAAAACAAAAAAAAAAAACAAAAAAUGAGUAUAUUAUAAUCCACGUAUGUUUAAUGCUACGAGUAUAAAAUAAAAAAAUAUUUUUGUGCGGAGUAAGUUAUGUAAAUAUUUGACUGUGAUAAUAAUAAUUCAACUUUUUUCUAUAUUUUUUGUUUGUUCAAUCUUUUAUUGUUAAGAAGAGUAUUUUUUCUUGUCAACAGGGUAUUUCAAUUGUGAGUGUGGUUUUUGUUCUUUUCUUCAAAUUUAAAUUUCUGUGCGUAGAUUUCUUAAAAUUAAAAAAUUGAUGAAAUAUUUGAACCGAAAACAAAAUUAUUUGCAUAAAUCAUUUGACAUAUCUUUUUUAAUUCAAAUUUUUUUAUUAAACGUAAAAACGCACUCUCAAGAUGAAAUACCCCGUUUUUGUAAUAGUUUGAAGGCUCGAGUAAUAAGAAUUUUAUUUAAAAUAUUUCUUAUAUAAUAAUCCAUUUUUUAUUAAAGAAAAUAUAUUUUACUAAAAAUUCAAAUAUCAAUAAAUUUAAAAAAAAAAUAUAUUAAAAUAAAACUAAAAAAAAUCAUGUUGAUUCAUCUAUGAAGCAAACACACAAACAAAUAUCCAAGAUAAGUCAAAACAUCAUGAAGCCAUUAUCCCAUAGUUUUAAUAAUUUCGUUUUAAAUAAGUCAAUUAAUUCAGCGAUGAUUCUUGAUAAGAGUGCCCAAAAUUAAUAUUUAAACAAAAACAAAUCAAAA